AACUUUGAUUGAACCUUUGAGAUUGAGUUAAGUUCUCCUCCUACAGCUUACCCCCUAGUGCGUCGAAAGCCAUAGCGUCGCGAAUACUUUAUCAAUCAACGUGAUUCAAAUUGGGAACGGUAGCUGAGAUCAAGAGCUACAACAUAUCCAAGUUUCGCGACAUUCCAACGGCUAGUGUUUUGUCGACGUCGUUUCUUGUGAAGACGACUUUUCUGUCCAGAAUUUCGGAUUUAUAUUUUGAGUAAUUCUAGCUCCUAAGUUCACCUAGACUCUGUCCUUAAUUCUAACAAGUGGCAUCAGAGCGAUAUUAAGGACAUUGAGAGGAGUCUACAGAAGUGUGAAGACCCUUCUAGACCCACCAUGGCCUGUGGGUGUGCCUAAGUGGUGUUCUAAAGGUUGGAUGUGUCUUCCGCUAAGGGGAAACUCUGCCGAAAUUUCGUGGACGCCGACACUUGUGAAAAUAUCGAGGGAGCUGAGUGUGGACAGCAAAGGGGAGCUGAAAUUCGAUGUGCAUGGGCAUGAGGGUGAUGUGGGAUCUGUGGGAAAGGUUGUGAUGCACCCUCUCACGCACUGGGUGAUUGAUUCGGGUUGCACCAGUCACAUGACUCCACGGGCAGAUUUGCUUGAUGAGCUUGGGAAGAAGGUGCUGUGGAGUCUGGAAGAGGAGACCAGCUGCAUCAAGGACCUGUGGCAGCUGCCCAUCAUCCCUUGGAAUGGGAAGACUCCAACAGCAGCAACGGCAGCAGUGGCAAAGGCAACAGCAGGAGGAGAUGCAACUGCACCAACUGAUGGGGUGCUGGAAGCAGUCAAGAAAGUGCAGAAGCAGCAGACACCUGGUGAGGUGCUUGCUGGUGUGGAUGCGAGUGCGGCAUGGGCUAAGGCUUCACCAAGGAGUGGAGAGGCCGAUUGGGAGACAUGGCAUGAGAGGCUGUGUCAUGUGAACUUCCCUAUGCUGCAGAAGUUGGUGAAGGAUGGGAGCCUGAAGGGCUUGGAGGUCGCCCUUGUGAAGAACAGGGUGCUGGCUACAGUUGGAGAUAAGGAGUGGAUCCCAUAUGUCAAGUGGUAUGGGAGUGCUCCAGCUGUGAAUAUGCUGAGGGCAUUUGGGUGCAUGGUAGUGUUUCAUGUGCCCAAGGAGAAAAGGGGGAAGUUGGAGGCUUCUGGAAGAUGGGGUGUGCACUUGGGGAUUGCAAAGGAUCACAAGGGGUGGCUGCUAUGGGACUUGACCACCCAGAAGUUGACAGUGUCAAGGGAUGUGAAGUUUCUUGAGUCCCUGUACUACAAGGAAUGGAAGCAGCAGCAACAGAAGCUUCCAUCUACACCGCUCAUUGUGGAGGCAGAUGAGGCUUGUGGCACGGGGGUUUCAGCAGACAAAGGGAAGGACUAUGAUGAGGUAUUUGCUCCUGUGGGGAAAGGAACAACACUGAGGGUGCUGUUGGCGAUAGCUGCACUCCUGGGAUGGAAGAUACGGCAGAUGGACAUUGUGACUGCCUUUCUGAAUGGGAUCAUUCUGGAGGAGGUGUACAUGAAGCAGCCAGAGGGGCUGGAUGACGGGAGCGGCAGGAUUGAGUUAAGUUCUCCUCCUACAGCUUACCCCCUAGUGCGUCGAAAGCCAUAGCGUCGCGAAUACUUUAUCAAUCAACGUGAUUCAAAUUGGGAACGGUAGCUGAGAUCAAGAGCUACAACAUAUCCAAGUUUCGCGACAUUCCAACGGCUAGUGUUUU